UUUUAGAUAAAAUCGGUGGCGAGAAAUUUUUAUCCGUAAUACUGAAAUGUCCAUAUUUAACACACUUGGCUUUAUCUAUCAGACCGGAUUCUCCAAAUCUUUCACGACUUGCAAAUUUAAAUAUAGAACAUUUAAUUUUCAAUGAUUCAACCCCAGAGCGAUUGGAUAAUUAUAUUUUAAAUAAUAUAGAAAGUUUUCCGGAUACACUUCGUCAUCUCGAUCUUCUUAUUUGCAUUUCACCCGAUAUUUUACAAUAUAUUUUGGCAAAAUGUAAAUACCUUGAAACUCUUGGUAUAUAUUUACAACUUCCAAAAGAUGAUCCUAAAUAUAUCAAAGUUAUUAUUAGAUAUGCUCAAUCAUCUGGCAGUUUUAGUACGCUGAGAUAUAUUAGAAAUUGUUCCGGUCAAAAACUAAUUCCACUUUCUAAAACAUUAUGUGGAUAUGCACAAAUGUAUAUAGAAAAUAUUGUAAAUGAAAUUUAUCGUCCUUGGGAAUAA